CCUCUUCUGUCUCCACAGGGACUGGCACUGAGGACACGACCCUGCUGCCCGUGGAUUGGAUACAUUGCGCUACCCAGAUCAGCCUAUUCAGACUCAUAGCUCCUCAGUGGGGCAAAUCACUUUGUGUAGUUCACUGGGGAAAGAGGAGGAAGCUGACUUUAUGGGUCCCUUUCAACAAGUUGGAAAUCGCAAAUUCAACAAUGAGAGGUUUGGAAGGAAUCAGUGGCUAACAGCAAGCAUUUCAAAGCAACCACUAGCCUGCUUUCAGUGGAGUGGCUGUGUGUGUUUUUUUUCAGAGAUUCCACCCUAAAUACAGAGAAUGCCAGACUUUGAUGACAAAGUUUGAUGACAAAAUUUGCCCACAAAGGACCACCGUGCCACCUUCCUGUUUAAGUGAGCACAGCACAAGGUAAUGACGUGGCUCAGGUUUGACCCCGGAGAUGCCGAAGAGACGAGACAUUCUGGCCAUCGUGUUGAUCGUGUUGCCUUGGACGCUACUUAUCACUGUUUGGCAUCAGAGUGCCAUCACCCCUCUGCUAGCUGCUCGAAAGUGUAAAGAUGACAGACAUGAGAGUCUGCGAGACUCCCGGAACACCUUCACCCUCAAGGAGCCCUGCACCUCAGAGAACAACAAGGACAUUGUGGAGGUUGUGCGCACCGAGUACGUCUACAGCCGCCAGCCACCCUGGUCUGAUGUCCUCCCCACCCUCCACGUCAUCACCCCAACCUACAGCCGGCCGGUCCAGAAGGCAGAGCUGACCCGGCUGGCCAACACCUUCCUCCACGUGCCCAACCUGCACUGGAUCCUGGUUGAGGACUCUCAGCGACAAACCCUGCUAGUCACCAGGCUCCUUCAGGAAACAGGCCUGAACUACACCCACCUUAAUGUGGAGACACCCAGGAACUAUAAGCUGCGUGGGGAUAUGAGGGACCCCAGGAUACCCCGGGGAACCAUGCAGAGGAACCUGGCUCUGCGCUGGCUUAGAGAGACCUUCAGCCCCAACAACAGCAACAGCCAGCCUGGUAUCGUCUACUUUGCAGACGAUGAUAACACCUAUAGUCUGGAUUUGUUUGAGGAGAUGCGUUCAACAAGGAAGGUGUCUGUGUGGCCUGUAGCCUUUGUGGGCGGCCUGCGGUACGAGUCCCCAAAAGUCAAUACCCUGGGCAAGGUUUACGGCUGGAAGACUGUGUUUGACCCCAACCGACCCUUUGCCAUAGACAUGGCUGGGUUUGCGGUGAACCUCCGCCUCAUUCUCUUUAAGCCUCAGGCCUACUUCAAGCUGCGGGGAGUCAAGGGAGGGUACCAGGAGAGCAGCUUACUGCGGGAGCUGGUCACCCUCAGCGACUUGGAGCCCAAGGCUGCUAAUUGCACUAAGGUACUUGUAUGGCACACUAGGACAGAGAAGCCUGUCCUGGUGAACGAGGGAAAGAAAGGAUUUACGGACUCCAACGUGGAGAUAUGAAACUUAUUUUGGGUCACAGGUUAUAUAUGGCUGGGAUUCCAAACGGACUGACAAAAGACAAGCUCCGGGCAAGCAGGAUCAGGGUGAAAUAUAUAUUUACUGUAA